AUUCUCCUCGCCUCGUGAAUCGAACUUGCAGAAGAUAGAAGUAGAACGUAUACAGAGAAGGAUAUGGGUAAAACUGGGCAAACAUUUAACGCCCGAACAGACAUUUAUGUAAAGAGGACUGUUAUGAACUGUGAAAAGUGGAGUUAGUGUUUUUAUUUAGCUUUUUUAGUUUAUUUAUUGCACAUCAAAAUAUAAGCACAAUGUGGCAUGGAAAAAUGUACCGCGACCUUUUUAGCUCCAGUCUGCGUGUGCUGCACAAUAUUAAUUCGACUGCCGAAAAAGGAGCAGUCGCCACAGCUUUGUCUGUCACAAGAACAUUUACUUCUCUAGAACAAGCCGAUGCAAGAGAGAGAAACCGAUCAGUUACGUCGUUCUACAAUCAACCAGCAAUUGACGCCGCGGCAGAUAAGCCCGCUGUUCGCCUGUCGCCGACUACUUUACUCUAUUCUGGGAAGUCUCCUGAUGGCAAUCAUAUUCUGAGAAGUGCCCAGUAUUUGCAUAAAGAGUUACCAGUGCGUGUUGCUCACCGCAUCGUAGCAUUUCGUGGUUUGCCAUUUAUCGUAGGCUGCAAUCCAACUAUUUUACAGGUUCAUGAGCUGUACAUUAGAGCAUUCCACCUCACCUCUGAGUUUCCUCCAAUUAGAGAUUUUGAAGAUGAGCAGAAAUACAGUCAGAUGGUACGAGGAUUGCUUGAUGAUCACAAAGAUGUUGUUACAAUGCUGGCGGAGGGCUUCAAAGAAAGCAGAAGGCAUAUUAAGGAUGAGCAACUGGUACGGCGCUUUCUGGACAACACGCUUACUUCUCGUCUGGCGCUGCGAAUGCUUGCUGAACAUCACUUAGCAUUGAAGAUAGAAAGGCCUCAUCAUGUUGGUAUUAUAAAUACACAAAUGUCUCUGAGGAAGGUAGUGGAUAACUGGGUGGACUUCUCACAGAAAUUGAGUGAAUCAAAAUAUGGAUAUUUUCCGAAUGUGAAACUGAAAGGUCAUGUGAACGCAACGUUUCCAUACAUCCAGGUACCACUUGACUAUAUACUGCCAGAAUUACUCAAAAAUGCCAUGAGGGCAACUAUGGAGGCGAACUUGGAUAAUCCUAAUAACGUACCGGAUAUAAGUUUAACUAUUGCUAAUAAUGACAAUGAUUUCAUUAUAAGAAUCUCUGACCGCGGUGGGGGAAUUCCACACCCAGAUGUUCAUAAAGUGUUUCAGUAUCAUUAUACCACUUCUGGUCGUGUCGAUGACGACAGAGUCAGUCGGGGUAUAUUUGGUGAAAUGAUGAACUCUGACCAGCAAGGACCUGGUGGUGGACCCAUGCAUGGCUUUGGCUUUGGACUACCAACAGCUGAUGCCUAUGCCAAAUUUCUUGGCGGAUCUUUGGAAAUACAAAGUAUGCAAGGCAUUGGCAGUGAUACGUAUCUACGAUUGCGGCAUAUUGAUGGAAAGUUUGAAAGCUUUCGUAUCUAAAUUAUUUAAUUGCAUUAUCUUUUUCUGUCAGCUAACAGAUUUCACAUGUAAUUUUGUUGCUGUAGUAGAAAGUAUGUUGCUGUCAGUAGAAAGUAUGAAGAUAAGCAAAGAAAGAUGAUCAGAUGAUCAUUUAAGGAGGUUCAAUACAGUUUAACUUUUUUGAUGUGCGCACAAUCUUAGACAAUUUGAAGUAACUCUAAUUUUCUCAUUAAAUCUAUGUGUGUGAAACGAGUAAAAAUUUCAAUGAUUUACUUGAGUAUAUGGCUGUUACAGAUGCUACGUCACCUCUUCAAAGUGGUUGUGUAACAGUUUUUAUGCGGGGAAAAAUGAUAUCAUACCUGUAUUAAAAUGUAUCACUUUAAAAA